UGCGACUACGAGAGAGCGAAUCGCAGAAGGCAGCUGUCUGUGUAGGAAAAAAACAUCGAGUUCGGCACGGUGUGUUGUUUGUGAAGUCGUUUUGGCGCAGGAGUUUCAAAAUUUUCCACAAAUUCCAGAAUUUCUGUGACGAAAAUCCUCCGUUAGCGAUCGCCUUUUCGAUCCCUCAACAGCAGCCAUGGGGAACACCGUUUCGGCAGCUGAACUGAUGGCCACAAACAUCGUACAUGCCGAAGCUGCAGAAGCCCCGACACUGCCCAAGGGACAUCCCCCCGUGGGAGAAGUCAAGAUGGCAAGUGGAGGAGGAGCAAAUCCACCACCAGAGUGUCCGAUGCACAACAAGGAACAGGCCAUCAAGGAAAAGCCCAUCCUGGUCUCGGAGUGUCCCGUCAAACACGAUGAUUCCGACAUCAAUCCUCUGAACAUGAUGCCACCGAUGAACCAGAAUCCAGCACCAGACCAACCUUUCCCGCUGCCAAAAGACCGGCAGGUUUCAUCGAUUCCCAAAGUAACGGAAGACGGCCGGCAGGAAUUCUGGGUCUAUCCCAGCCAGCAGAUGUUCUGGAAUGCGAUGCUCCGCAAGGGUUGGCGCUGGCAAAAGGACGACAUCGCGCCGAAAGACAUGGACGACAUCAUCAAGAUUCACAACGCCAACAACGAGCAGGCGUGGCAAGAAGUGCUCAAAUGGGAAGCACUGCACGCACGGGAAUGUGGUAAUCCCAAGCUGAAGAGUUUCGGCGGUAAGGCGACAGAGUACAGUCCGAGGGCCCGCAUGCGAAGCUGGCUUGGCUACGAACUGCCCUUCGACAGGCACGACUGGAUUGUGGACCGAUGUGGUAAGGAUGUCCGGUACAUAAUUGACUAUUACGAUGGCGGUAUGGUGGACGAUAAGUACAAAUUCGCCCUGCUCGAUGUCAGACCUGCGAUGGAUUCGCCGGAAAACGUUUGGGACCGGAUGAAGGUUUGCUACAUGCGCUGGAAGUUCCAGUUGGAGAGUAAGGUCAAGCAACUGAGUAACUAAACAGCAGGCGGAAGAAGCCACACAAGACGACGAAGCGGAGCCCAAUAGAUUUUAACAGCCGUGAUAGUUGACAAGCAACCCCCCAUACUAUGAACCAUGCAUAGAGCCAUUUCUCAAUUAUGAACCGAGCGGUCAACAGUAGCGACUCGCUACUGCGCUACUCCAAUAAACACAUGUGUUAAACGAAAACGCAUCCCAAACGUUAACUGAGAUACUGGAAUUUA